CGUAUCUAUGCGAACGCACACCCCAUGCAUUGGUAACGUAACCUUAUUUUGUGAUCGUGAUAUGUCAAAAGACGUUUACGUGACAUAUCGAUAUAUACACGUAUGUGUUUACUUACAUAUAAACAGUUUCUUAUAACGAAGAAGCUUCGACUUUUUGAUUUCGUGCCUAUGAAAAUUUCAAUUUUAUGCAACACUUUCGGCCAAAUGACGUAAACCUGGUAUUCAAUGCUUAUUUCGGAUUCACGACAGGAUACAUCAAUCGCAUAUAAACGAUUGUUUAUGAGUAACAUAUGAGUAUACAAAAUGAUCUUUCGUAUUUUUAAUCAAUCGAUCAUCGUACAAUCAUUCCAAAUAUUUAAAUGUUAUGCAUACAUAACGAAUGUCUAAAAAAAGUGCAUACUACGUAACGUAGCCAUACAAAAUGUAAUGCAAAAGUGACUGGGAUCCUACGAGAAAGAGUAAGAGAGUGGGAGGGAAGAAGGAAAGAAAAGAUAAAACAUCGGAAGGAACAGAAAAGCAAGAAAAGAAGCGUGAUACUGAAAAAGAUUAUAACAUUCUAUCAACUUCUUUAAAAUACAAAAUUGUAAAGUAUCAAUGAUGGAUCAAAUCAACUUAUCCGCGAUGAAUUGACUGGAAGGAACCAAGAAUAUAACAUAACAUGAUACAACCUUUUCUUGAGGAAGGUGCCUGGUGUUACUGGGUUGUUUCUAUCGGGGCAUUGUUAUGCUUCCUUGGUCUCAUCGUUGCUUGUAUUUGCAGCUGUCGUCGUAACGAAAACAAGAAUGAAUUUCUUGGCCUUGCCGGAAUGGUAACUCUAAAUGAUUCUGACAACGAUGGCUUUAAUGGGAUUCCAAUGUCGGAUACCCUUCGUGUGACGACGCAAGAUAUUGUUGACAACGGAAAAAGGUCGACUAGUGCCAAUAGAAGUCUUCCAGAUAUUCCAAAAGAUAAAGAGAAAAGACAUGAACAUACAAAUACAUCUGUAUCUCAAGAUAUCUAUGAAAUCACUGAAACGAUCGGUGAUCAAUCGGAACUGUACGCAACAGUAAGAGACACAGGGAAAGAACAGAUAUCUGAACUGGAUGUGUCAGAGGUUCUACAUCAGAAUCCAUCGACUCAAGAAACUUCGGAUGGUCAAUAUUUAAGAUUUGCAUCGUCUCCUAAUUCAGACAAUGUUGAACAUCCAUAUGCCCAAGUUCAAAAUGUUCAAAAAACCGAAAUUAACAAAUCGAACCGAAAUAAUAUCAAACAAGCCAUUGAUGUCGAUAAACCAUCGACGUCUACGUGUCAAAGCAACGGGAACCCAGUUGCGCCACCAAGGACCCGCCGAUCCUCGUCGCAUAAUUCACUUUUGUCUGCGGAAAGUGGCCCGUGUGACAUUCAAGCGGCCAAUGCCAUAUCCGGUGGAGUGCAAGCUAACCAAGAUUUGCCUUACAUGACACCACCGUUGUUAAUGUUACUGCCUCAACCACCACAACAACAGUCAAAUAGUCCACAGCAACAUUUUAGCGGAGAUUCUCAAGAUUCUAAAGGAUAUACAAGCAUCAGCGUAAGAGAGCCCCUGGCUAACAUAAUUGCACAAACAAAGACAAUUGGUCGACAGAGCCAAUCCAUUCGACCUCUUACGGAUCCCCAUUACGCGACAGUAUCGGAUGACUCUGACGAAAUGUAUGCUGCAAUCGAUGAACAAGAUAAAGUAUAUACUAGUGGUAGUGAAACAUACGCACAAAUACAACCGACGAUGACAGAAGUUCAGGGAGUACAAAACGAGCAAACAUUAUUCUCUCGCGUUCCCUCUCGUUCCGAUGAAACUUAUUCCGCUCCGCAACCACCAAGCGUCGAUAGCUUACGACACGUUGCACAUGCCCAUUCGAGACAAGCUUCGUCGUCCAGUGCCAACAGUUCUAUCAUAAAUCCAGGAUCACCAAAGCCCGAGAAACGUCAAGCUAAUUCACCGUUACCGCCUCCGCCGGAAGGAACGUCAGAAGUAUACGCGUCAAUUGAAAAAAAACCGAAGAACGACGACCGACUGAAACCGGCUUUAUCCAGUGGAAAAUCUUUGGAGGAUAUGUACGCAAAAGUAAUGAAGAAGAAGAAAGACGUGGAGGAGCAGCAAAACGAUAUGCAUCUAAAUUCUCAGGGAAGCCUGCAUUCCGAUACAUUUGUCGUUGGUGCUGUACGCAAGUCAAGUCUUAUCGAAAAUAAUAAAAUUGCAUCAUCUAGUCACGACUCUAUGGAAAUGCAGAGGAAAGAGUCCGAUUCUGAUGUCAAUAAUUUUCACUUGGAAGCCGACGUUCUGAUGAAAUCAUCUUCUCCUUCAUCGUCUAGAACUGGCAACGGUUUCGACUCGUCGAGUUUCGCGCUCGACCAUGGAUACGAAGGUAUAAAUAACGAUUUACUUAAAAAACAUUCAACGGGUUGCGACUCGAACUACGAAGUAUUAUGCCCGCAACAACAUCUCACUAUGGAUACUGCAGCGGAUCAUCAGCAAACUAGCAGUUCUAUCUCAAUUUCUCUACGGAAUAACGUCAACUUACUUCCCAUCACUUCUUCUUCUUCUGUCUCUACCUCUUCUCCUUCAACAUUUUCGUCAACAUCUUCAUCUUCUGCUUCUUCUUCUUAUUCCGUACCAUUUAAACAUCGGCAAAUUAGCAACGCCAGCAGUGAAGAUCCAGGGUACGAGAAAGUGAGAUUAAGAAACAGAUCCGAAAUAGACACAGACUCGGAACCAAAUUAUGAAAGUAUGCCGCAUGACGCGGGAGAACCGAAUUACGCGUCAGUUUGCAGACCUGGUGAUAGCGAUACGGAUCCCAAUUACGAGUCUGUUAAUCACGGAGAUCCCAAUUACGAGAGUGUGAAAUAUAUGAGUGUUACGCGUGCCGAAGAACCGCCGUACGAACAAGUGAAUGCAUAUAAACCGGAACAAGAUCCAAACGGAUACGAAAAAGUGAAAAAACAUAUAUUGUUCAAUGCUGAUUAUGAACAGAUACAUCAAAAUCAUUCUACUAGGCCAAUUAAUGGAGAUACCGACGACGAACAGUAUGUGCAAGUUUAGUUGAAUAUUCUUCUUCGUUUCUCUUUCGCUGUAUUCUUUUAUUCUUCUCGUUCCUUUCUUAUAUGUUUCCUAUUUUCUUUUUCUUCUAUCCUCUUCGUUCACGUUCAUAGAACGUGUUAUUCCUUUAACAACUGUGCAGUUAAUUUUUUAAUCGGUGAAUUUUGCAGCAAACGUUAGAUGCUUGGAAAUGGAGUUGUACCUUUUACUUUUUGUUUGACUGGAUCUAAACGUAUGAGCCGAAACGAAAAUCAAGAAAGAAACAAAAUGAGAGGAAAAGAGCAUUGUCUCAUCGGUUUUUAACGUACAGAAACAAACAUUUAUUUGUACGGUUAUUUCUUGUCUGUUCCCUUGUUGUCCCCUUUCCCUCGGAUAACAUCAAAUAGCGUGCAUCGUACUCACAAAGUGUGUUACUUUUGAACACGAUAUUCUGUUUACGAUACACAUCUCACAAAACUCGCAAAUUAGAAACUUUGAUAACAAUGUGAUUACAUAUGUGUUGUACACAUGUAGAGUUUCGAGUAUAACAAAAUCUUGCAUGCGGCGCUAACUUAUGGGAACUGAAUAUAUGUCGCACUUGAAUGCAUUCAUUUUAAAUGUAACGAUUUGUAGUCUUUUGUAUGUAUUUUUAACAUCGUAUGUUUUUCGAUAAAAUAAAAGAAUGUGAAAAAAAGAAACGAGAGGGUUGUUGUACCGUUCAGUGAAAUCCUAUCAAAAGAGGAAAUCAAAUCAAAAUCGGAGCUACAAAUAUAGUGUACAUCACAUACAGAUCAAUUACAUCGUUUAUUAUUUCGCGUACUUUCUCUUAUUCCGUGUGACUUGUUUCUAUUAGAGAUGCAAUAUUAUUUCACACCUAUCAAAUUUGUUACGCUCUUCUGUUACUACGAACAUGUUUUACAUACCACCAUUCUCUGCGUACUUAGCAUAAACUUUUUCUUUUUUUUUUUAUGUUUCUAUUUCUUUUCUUUUUUUCUUUCGCUAUCGUCAUAUUAUUUUCGAUUUGACACAAAUUGAAAUCUCUGCUCUGUUACAAGAACAUCAAUCAAGUUGAACGGAGAUCAAAAAGCAAAAAAUUCAACGCGUAAAAUUUUGCUGUCAGUGCAAUCUGCUGCUCGAUCAUUUCGUUCGGUAUUUCAUUAAACACGAUUAUUCGUUAUUACAUUCGAUUUUCAUUUGUAUAAAAUCGUAUAAUAUAACUAUUAUAAUAAAUGGCAGCAUUUAUAAAUUUCA